AAGUGCAUUGAAAACGCCUCUUGCUUAUGACCAUGACGUAUUCUUCUUUGUAUUUGACAAAUGGCAGACAUCUAAAAUAAAGUUUCACUGAAAUUUGCAUUACGACAUACAGAAGUUUGAAGAUUGACAGUUACAUGAUAAUUUGUGGAAUAUAAAGUGCGCUCGUGUCAAAAAAAUUAUCGAGAAGAUUCCAAAAAAUGAGUUUCUUCAGCAAAGUUUUUGGCGGAAAGAAAGAGCCCGCAGGACCAUCAACUACUGAGGCGAUACAAAAAUUGCGUGAAACAGAGGAAAUGCUGAUUAAAAAACAGGAUUUCCUCGAGGGAAAAAUUGAACAGGAGAUUGUAACAGCGAAGAAGAAUGGCACCAAAAAUAAGAGAGCUGCAAUUCAAGCCCUAAAACGAAAGAAGCGGUAUGAGAAACAAUUGCAACAGAUCGACGGCACAUUAUCAACAAUUGAAAUGCAAAGAGAAGCGUUGGAAAGCGCUAACACUAAUACAACCGUAUUACAAACUAUGAAAAAUGCCGCUGACGCUCUCAAAGCUGCUCACCUUCACAUGGAUGUCGAUCAGGUGCAUGACAUGAUGGACGAUAUUGCUGAACAACAAGACGUUGCCAAAGAAAUAUCUGACGCGAUAUCCAACCCAGUUGCCUUCGGUCAUGAUAUUGAUGAGGAUGAGCUUGAGAAAGAGCUCGAAGAAUUGGAGCAACAAGCACUUGAUGAGGAGUUACUGGGUGUUGAAGGAACUGCCGAGCUCCCUGCUGUUCCUGCCUCAACAGAACCUAUGGUACCACCUAAAAAGACAAAAGCGAAAGCAGUGGAAGAAGAUGAUGACCUUAAGCAAUUAGAAGCAUGGGCCUCGUAAGCCGAGGAGAUGAACUAAAUCCGGAAAAAUCUGUUAUCUGCUUAAGAAAUUGAAUAUACUUUUACCAAAGCUUUCACCAGCUUCUAGGAUGAAAGACUCAAAAUACCCUGAAUGAUUUUUUUAUUAAAAGAUCGGGGAUUAGUCUUAAUCGAUAAAAAUUGGGUCAAUUGCGUUCGAAACGUCGAAUUAUUCCAGUGAAUUAUUAUUCUUGAGUUUAGUAACAAUCUUCGCCUAGUGUAAUUAACCAAACAAGCAAAAACAGAUAUAUUUUCUCAUUGAACGAAAAAAUAACGAGCAAUAUUAUUCUGAUGAUUUUCAUGUUUUUAUGUCUAAGUAAUCAGCAAUAAACAGCUAUUGGAUACAA